CAGUCUGCGACCCUCGACCUUCGACAACGACAUCACGGGAGCUGGUCCGUGCCCGGCCGUGAAAGUGGCGAUCUCUAGGGAAGCAACCGAGUCCAGACAAGUAUUAACCCUUGUACUCAACCCCUCUAUUCUUCUUCGUCCUAGCAUGAGAUCAGUAACUUGGCUGACUUGGACUUAGACAGGAUACUUCUCUUUGGGGCGUCGGCACCACACCCCGGUCUAGCGUCCUGCGCGGUCUCCUUCCUGCGCGGCACCGUCAACCAUGCACAUACUCAGACAUGUUUGGUGUCUGUACUCUCAUGGAGCAAGUACCUCGUAUCAUCGAGUCCCUGGCGGCUUACUCGAUAGUCGAAGUCUUCGUCGCACUCAAGAUGUCGCUGCCGCCUUCAGUCCCGACCUGCCGGACGUCCCAGUCAGACUUACAAAAGGUACGGUCGCCUUCUUGCUCUUCUCUAUUCUUGUCAUCAUCGCCUUCUUCUUCGUCUCCUUCCUCACCAUCGUCUCUACGUCUUCUUCGUCGUCAUCGUCAUACUCUUCCCCCUCUUUGUUCUUCCAUCUCUUCUCCCUUCGACGGCCAUAGAGCGUCAGGUCCGCUUCCCCAUAGCGCUACCCACGCUGGUCUCAUCUCAGACCACUGGCCCAGAACAACAUCUCCCCAGUGGAGUCGUCGUACUCGAGAGAGAGCAAGCGCCAUCCUUCGGGGCGGCAGGGCGGCUAGUUCGUGUCAGUUUUAUUCCGCAAGUCCUGUCUCGGGCAAGGGACGGCACCUGGCUUCGGCUGGGUAGGAUGUCCGCCCGUGCUAGCUCUUUGCCUCGAUACGGCGGGCGAUGCCGAUGUUUUGCUUCCGGGACUGGCUGAGCACCGCCUGGUAUGGGCCUUGCCUGGUGUUAUUGGACGUGUCUGUGGUUGCGUCGAG